UAUGGAGCAUAUGGCUACCCACCAGGUUAUGCCGCUCAGUACGCUCAACCGCAACAGCAACAGUAUCAAGCAGCGCCACCAGCACCAGCGAUAAGGAAUCCAUUCGCCCCACCGCCACCGCCAGCAUCUACCUACGCCGCGCAGAAUGCAAACUUCGACCCAGAUUACGAGCAGCAGAUUGCGCAGUGGCAAUCAGCAUAUGCGCCGGCAGAUCAGCAGGACCGGAGAGGGAAGGGUAAGGACUCUCGUCAAGAAGGGAACGCGAACCACACCCCAAAUGGCGAUGCAAAGAGCAAGCAGGAUGACGGCAAAUUCACUGUCGUGAGAAAAGGCGGGGGUGAGCAAUGGGAAGACAAAUCUUUGCUCGAAUGGGAUCCGACCAAAUUCCGCAUUAUGGUGGGCAAUCUGGCGGGCGAGGUCACUGAUGAUUCUCUUGCAAAAGCCUUUGCGCAAUACGGCGUGUCAAAGGCGCGCGUGGUACGAGACAAGCGCACGACCAAGUCCAAAGGGUUCGGUUUCGUGGAGUUUGAAGAGGGCGAACUUGGCUUCAAAGCUGCGCGAGAGAUGACAGGCAAGUACAUCGGCAGUCAUCCAGUGACGAUUCAACGCAGCAAGACCGACGUGCGCCCCCAAUUGAAGAAGGACAACAACAAGCACCGAGGCAAGAAUAACAGCAACAAGAAC